CCUUUUUUUUGCUGUUUGAGCUUUUUCCAGAAUGCUGUCGUAUGAGAGUAUGACUGAGAGACAGCGCGAGUUGUAUGACCAAGUCAAGAAGGCGAGUGGACAGCUCGACCUGGAUGACAAUCAGAUUGGCGUUGCAGAGGCACAGGCGAUUGCCGAGGCACUCAAAGUGAACACGACGCUGAUUAAGAUCAGUCUGCAAGAGAAUCAGAUUGGUGAUGCUGGAGCGCAGGCGAUUGCUGAAGCUCUCAGAGCGAACACGACGUUGAAGGAGCUCUUGCUGCACCUGAAUCAGAUUGGCGAUGCUGGAGCGCAAGCGAUUGCUGAGGCACUCAAAGUGAACAACACCUUGACUGAUCUCUAUUUGGAUGAGAAUCAGAUUGGCGAUGGUGGAGCGCAAGCGAUUGCUGAGGCACUCAAAGCGAACGCGACGCUGUCUUAUGUCCACCUGAAACACAAUCAGAUUGGCGACGGCGGAGCCUGGGCGAUUGCUGAAGCUCUCAGAGUGAACUCGACGGUGACUGUGCUCAGCCUGAGACACAAUCAGAUUGGCGACGGCGGAGCCUGGGCGAUUGCUGAAGCACUCAAAGUGAACAAGACGCUGAUUCGGAUCAGUCUGGAUGGGAAUCAGAUUGGCGAUGCUGGAGCGCAGGCGAUUGCUGAAGCACUCAAAGUAAACACGACGUUGACUCUACUCUUUCUAUCGCGUAAUUGCUUUGGCGUCUUUGGUUCUCAAGCGAUCGAUGAGGCAUGCAAAGGCAAAAGUGGAUUUCAGCUUUUCCUCCGCGAUCAGAUCAACCCACUUGCGUUUUCCUUCCUUCCGCGAUUGGCGAGUGCUGAAGACAUCCAAGCAGUUCUCGGCAUGCUGACCGGCGGGUUGGAGCUGGAGAAUCAGCCCGCAUCUCUUCCAACACUACCAACCGAGAUGGCCGACCUUAUCAUGGACAAGGCACAUUACUGGCAAGGCGUGGAGAAAAUCAAACGAGAGGACUUUGAUGUCGAUACCCUGAAAGUCACUAUGCCUCAAGGAAAUUCAAUUCGAGUCAAAACAAUUCAAGUGCUUCGUGACUGGAGCGAGCGUCCCAAGCACACCGACGACGGUGCUUUCGAUUUGACUGUCCGAGAUGAACAAGGUGCUGUUCGGCACGAGUGUACUGUGCACCCGACUUUUGUCGAGUCGAACCUUGCGCUUGCGACCAUCUGGCCAGCGAGUACUCCCAUCCUCCGACAAAUGCGCGAGGACUGGGAAGUUCAAGUUCGACCCACGUUUCCCCGAGAUGUGCUAUUUGAAAGGCUUUAUGUCGGAUAUGUCUAAAUUCAGUGAUCACAAAGCGCUCCUUGGAC